AUGGUCAGUGAGUUGCAAAGCACUCACGUGAGUCGUGCCACCUGGCCCGAGGUGGAUUCAGAACUGGAACUGAAUGUGCUGGAACGGGCCAGUGGGGAGCCAUCAUCCCCCACAAAUCACCUCUCCAAGAGGCAGAUGAGGGAGGAAAUGGAGAGGCUGACUACCCAGCUGCAGGUGAUAACCCAGGAACGAAAUGACCUGCGGGAUCGCUUGAUCCUCCUAACAGAAGGAUCCUUGGACAAUAGGCCCUACAACAGGCCAAACCCUUUCGUGGAGAAACUCAAGAAGGAACACAAACAUCUCAUGAUGGACCUCCAGAGCUUGGAGACAGAGAAAGCUGAAGCCUCAGAGAACCUCAGGGAGCUGGACAAGGAGACUGGCUUCUAUCGCAACCUCCAGAGCAGGCUCCUGAUGGAGCAGACUCAGCUGAAGAAGAGAGUGGACAUGCUGAGGCAGGAGAACAGGAAAGUGCAAGGGGAUUGGGCCCUGCUGAAGCAGAUCUGCAAGGACCGAGAGGAGAGCAGCGACCUCCAGACCAAGCAGCAGCAGCAAAGGUCUGAGAGACUGCAGCAUGAGCUAAACCUGGCCUCAGUCCAGCAGGAGAGCCUCCUCCUGCAGAAGGAGCAGCUGGAUGAGAAACCACCUGCUGAGCCCCAUCCCCAGCAGCCAUGGAAUGCCUGGGAUGACAUUUCUUUAUCUAAAUUUGUUACCUUUGUGUGA